AUGCUUAUUGUUGUUACCCGUCAUAUCAUUGUUACUAUUGAUUUAAUUCUCUUUAUCAUCGUCACAUUUGCUAAAAUUGAAAAUUUGAAAUAUACAAACGAAUUUGUUUUACAUGUUAAUGAAGGUGAACAAGCAGCUCGAUCAUUAGCUGAAAAAUAUCACUUAAAAUUUGAACGACAAGCUAUACCAAAUCAAAAUUAUUUUGUAUUUCGUCAAAUAAUAACAACUCGACGACGAAAACGUUCAUUGGAUGGAUCUGAUAAUGAUCUACUUAAUGAACUUAAACAUGAUCCAUUAAUUGAUUGGGUUGAACAACAACAAGUUAAAAUACGUGUUAAACGUAAUAUUAUGUUUUAUCAUCCAAUUAAAUCAUCUUUACCUUCAAGAUUUAAUGAUCCAGAAUGGGAUAAACAAUGGUAUAUGCAUGAUGAAAAUGAACAUGGCCGAGCAAUGAAUAUAUCAGGUGCAUGGCGUCUUGGUUUUACUGGUAAAAAUGUUGUUGUAACAAUACUUGACGAUGGUAUUGAGAAAGAUCAUCCAGAUUUAAUACAAAAUUAUGAACCACAAGCAAGUACAGAUAUCAAUGGUUAUGACAAUGAUCCACAACCACGUUAUGAUCCAACAAAUGAAAACAAUUAUGAUAUCAAUGGAAAUGACAGCGAUCCACAACCCCGAAUGACAGCGACUAAUGAUAAUAAACAUGGAACAAGAUGUGCUGGUGAAGUUGCUGCUGCAGCAAAUAAUAAUAUAUGUAAUGUUGGCGUAGCAUAUAAUGCACGUAUUGGAGGUAUUCGUUUAUUAGAUGGAGAAGUAACUGAUUUAGUUGAAUCUAUGGCAUUAAGUUUUCGUCCGGAUUUUAUUGAUAUUUAUUCAGCUAGUUGGGGACCGGAUGAUGAUGGAAAAACUGUUGAUGGACCAGCUACAUUAGCACAAGCAGCAUUUGAAAAUGGCAUUAAAUAUGGUCGUCAAGGUCUUGGUUCUAUUUAUGUUUGGGCAUCCGGAAAUGGUGGAAAAGAUGAUGAUAAUUGUAAUUGUGAUGGUUAUACAAAUUCAAUAUAUACAGUAUCAAUAUCAAGUGCAACUGAAAAUGGUAAUAUACCAUGGUAUUCCGAAUCGUGUUCAUCAACAUUAGCAACAACAUAUAGUAGUGGUGCAUCAGAUGAAAAACAAGUUGUUUCAACUGAUCUUCGAAGUCAAUGUACAGAAAAUCAUACAGGAACAUCAGCUUCAGCUCCAAUGGCUGCUGGUAUAAUUGCAUUAGCACUUGAAGCUAAUCGUAAUUUAACAUGGCGUGAUAUUCAACAUUUAAUUGUUGAAACAGCUAAACCAAAAUAUUUAAAUGCAUUAGAUUGGAAAACAAAUGGUGUUGGAAAACGUGUUAGUCAUGCAUUUGGUUUUGGCAUGAUGGAUGCUGCUCAAUUAGUUUUAAAAGCUCAAAAAUGGAGAACAGUCCCUUCUCAACGUAUUUGUCAUCAAAAUGAUCCAAAUAUAAUUGCAAAAACAUUUAAAAGAUAUGAACGUGUUGUUAUUCAAAUGUAUGCUGAUGCUUGUAUCAAUACAGAAAAUGAAAUUAAUUUUCUUGAACAUGUACAAUCAAAAAUAUCUGUUAAAGUUAAAUAUCGUGGAAAUUUACAAAUAUUUUUAACUUCACCAAUGGGUACAAAUUCAACAUUACUUGGACGAAGAGUUGAAGAUGAUUCUAUUGAUGGAUUUAAUAAUUGGCCUUUUAUGACAGUGCAUAAUUGGGGAGAAUCACCACAUGGGCUUUGGACUUUAGAAAUUGUUGAUGUCGAAAAUAAUGUUAUUUUUCUCAAUUGGUCUUUAGUUUUUUAUGGUACACAAAUAAAUCCUUCUCAUCAAUUACCCACAACAACAACAUCUCCAAAAUUCGUCUCUACAAAUAUUCAUCUUUAUCCAUCUGAUGAACUCAAUAAUAAUCUUGUUCGUUCACAUUCGUCAAAUCUUCAUAACUCUUUUCAUACUCGACAUCGUGAAAAAAAUCGUAAAAAUAAACAACAAAAUAAUUAUUAUAUAAAACAUCAUUUUUAUCCAUAUAAUCCACCAUCAUCAUCUCCAACACCACCAAUUAUUGAUGAUUUUUAUCAAAUUGAAAUGUCAAAUACCUAUCGAAUGAAACCAUAUGUGGCAUUUAUUUUAAUUUUAAUUUUAAUUCUUAAUCAUGUUUAA